AUGGAGCAAGAGCAAAAGGCAGGCAGAGUCGAGGGGAUCCGAAGUCUGCCGGCGCCGGCGCCAGUGCCGGCGGCAGGCAGGCCGGCAUGCCGGCAGUGCCGGACUGCCCCUGGAGCAGGAUUCUGCAGGCAGGCCGGCAUGCCGGCAGUGCCGGACUGCCCCUGGAGCAGUAUUCUGCAGGCUGCCGGCAUGCCGGCAGUGCCGGACUGCCCCUUGGGCAUAAUUCUGCAGGCUUCCGGCAUGCCGGCAGUGCCCCUGGAGCAGGAUUCUGCAGGCUGCCGGCAUGCCGGCAGUGCCGGACUGCCCCUUGGGCAUAAUUCUGCAGGCUUCCGGCAUGCCGGCAGUGCCGGACUACCCCUGGAGCAGGAUUCUGCCGGCACGCCGGCAGUGCCGGACUGCCCCUUGGGCAGAAUUCUGCAGGCUUCCAGCAUGCCGGCAGUGCCCCUGGAGCAGGAUUCUGCAGGCUGCCGGCAUGCCGGCAGUGCCGGACUACCCCUGGAGCAGGAUUCUGCCGGCACGUCGGCAGUGCCGGACUGCCCCUGGAGCAGGACCCUGCAGGCUGCCGGCAUGCCGGCAGUGCCGGACUGCCCCUGGAACAGAGUUCUGCCGGCACGCCGGCAGUGCCGGACUGCCCCUAGAGCAGGAUUCUGCAGGCUGCCGGCAUGCCGGACUGCCUCCGGAGCAGGAUUCUGCCGGCUGCCGGCAGUGCCGGACUGCCCCUGGAGCAGGAUUCCGCAGGCUGCCGGCAUGCCGGCCGUUGCCGGCGUGCUGGUUCCCUUAAACGGUCACCUUAGGGUGGACCAAGGGGCUGUUACCCCGCCGGUUAGAUCCGCGUAG